UUUUAGAUCACAAGGAAUAUAUUUUUGUACUGUCGUAGUAUUCAAAUGGGUAUUACCUCCAAAAAAGAGGAGCAAAACGGCGUCGAUUCCAGGCUGGAAGGAUCUAUCCAAAUCAAAACCGAAUGGCCGCUAGAAUCAAUGGAACCACCUGACGAUGUUCAACCAGAAUGCAGUGAGUUCAUUACGGAAAACAUCGAUACCGAUUUCGGGUUGGAAAGUUGUAUCAAAAUCGAAGCCGCAUGUCUGAGUGAGUCUGUUGAUAAUUGGCCGCAAAAGUCCACUUUAAAAGAGGAACCAUCGAAUGCUAAAAGUCCUUACGGUUGUGAAGCCGGUGACGUUCAUGUCGAAGAUUCAAAUUCGCUGAAAUUACACAGGAGAAAAAUCCACUGGGUGAAGGAAAAAUAUGAGUGUGAUAUUUGCGGAUACAAAGCGGCUAGAAAAGUUUUUCUUGAGAAGCAUAUGCUGUCGGUACACAUUGGAGAAAAGCCUUACAUAUGUACUGUUUGUGGCAAAAGCUAUGAAUCGCGUUCCAAAUUGAGAACACAUCGCAGGAACGUCCAUCGAAAAGAAAGUAAGGCACAUUUGACCAAAAAAGAAACAGGUAAAAAUAUCGACGAAAACGCAGCAAGGCUGCCUCAAAAGUGUAAAACCGAUACCAGGAUUACCUCAGAAGCUCAGAAUUCAAACAAUACAAAAAACUAUAAUCCGCAUAAAUGUAAUAUUUGUGGCAAAGAAUUUACGCGGAAGGGAGGCCUACAAAAGCAUCAGUUAAUCCACACCAACGAGCAGCCGGACCGCUGUCCGAUCUGCCACAAAUCUUUUACCUACAAGCACUACGUGGCGGUUCACAUGCGCCUGCACACCGGUGAGCAGCAGUACCGAUGCGAAAUUUGCGACAAAGGCUACAACCGACGCGAACUGCUGCUGGCGCAUCGUCGCAGCGUUCACACCGGCGAGCGGCCGCAUAAGUGCGAAAUUUGCGACCGCAGAUUCGCAACACAGAUCCAGCGGAACACGCACAUGCGAAUCCAUACGGCCGAGCGAAAGCACAAGUGUGACGUGUGCGAGAAGGCCUUCCUCUGCCAGCGCCAGUUGCGCCGGCACCGAACGGUCCAUUCCGGCGUUAUGCUGGCGCACUGUACGGUCUGCGGAAAGGGUUACAUCGAUAACUACAAUCUGAAGAUACACAUGGCGGUGCAUACGGGCGAAAAGCUGCCGCACGGGUGUGAUUUGUGCGAGAAAAGUUUCGGCACGGCCAGCCGGUUGUCGCAGCACAAGCUCGUUCACAGUACCGGCGGUGGGAAAAAGCGGUAG